UGGAAGAAUUAAAGCAAUCCUAGUGCACAAUCUGAAUUAGAAAAUUAAUCCAUGGACAAACAGAGAAAAACGUAAUAUGCUGUGAAAUAAUGGCGACCUGGAGCCGAUCGAAUGACCACAGUUGGGCUGUUUUUCUUUUACACUUUCUACUGAUUUUCACGAAGCAAGCUGCGGCUGAACUGAGGUACUCCGUUCCGGAGGAGGUGAAAGAGGGAACCGUCAUUGGAAAUAUUGCCAAGGAUCUUGGUCUGGAGAAAGUACAUUUAACCGAUCGACGCCUGCGUAUUGUUUCGGGAUCUGAAAAUGCUUUUUUCAAUGUUAAUACGAAUACUGGCGCCUUGCAGGUUCGUAGAAAAAUUGACAGAGAAGAGCUAUGUCACGGUGAUGGUGCAUGCUUAAUGGAGCUAAAGAUCAUUGUUGAAAACCCGCUAGAAAUGCACCACGUUGUUGUGGAAGUUGCAGAUGUAAACGAUCACUCCCCGAAUUUUCUAGAUAAACAGCAACAUUUUGAAAUAGCAGAACAUACGGCUGUCGAAUCACGAUUUCAGCUGCUAGCGGCAACUGACCUCGAUAUAGGCGUGAAUUCAAUCCGCGCCUACACGUUAUCAUCAAAUGAUUAUUUUGAUAUAGACGUAAGUCAAAGUGACGAAGACAAAAUACCAUUUUUAGUUCUAAAGAAGCCACUGGACAGAGAAAAAAGAAAGAAACUUAUACUGUUAGUAACAGCAAUUGAUGGAGGAAAACCUCCGAUAUCAGCAACACUUAAUGUUUCAGUCACUGUGCUUGAUAUUAACGAUAAUCGUCCAUCCUUUAGCCAGGACGUUUACCAAGUAGAGAUAAAUGAAAAUGUAUCAGUUGGCACUGUUGUUGCACAAGUUUCUGCAACAGAUCCAGACGAGGGAAAUAACGGAGAAAUUAAAUACGGUAUUGCAAAGGCUUUACAACCAAAAAUACAUGAAACAUUUGAAAUUAACUCAUUAACAGGGGAAAUUAAAUUAAAAGCACUUCUUGAUUUUGAGGAAUUUGAAAUUUACAAAAUUGAUAUUGAAGCAUCAGACAAGGGAACGCCUCCGUUAACAGGGAGGUGUAGAGUGGUUGUAAAGAUAAAAGAUGUAAACGAUAACUCACCAAAGAUAGAUGUUACAUCUCUUUCAAAUACAAUAUCAGAAGAUUCAAAACCUGGAACAGCAAUUUCUCUUAUCAGUGUAACAGAUAAAGACUCUGGUCUUAAUGGAAAGAUUAUUUCACGCAUACUUAAUGAUGUACCUUUUGAAUUGAAGCCAUCCUACAAGGAAAACAUGUAUUCACUUGUAACAAAAGAACAUUUAGAUAGAGAGAAGGUUUCUCUUUACGAAAUAUUAAUACAAGCCACUGAUUGCGGUAAUCCAACAUUAUCUACGGUGAAAACCAUCAGUAUUCAGGUUUCCGAUGUGAAUGACAACAGUCCUCGUUUCGAAAAAAGUCCAUUGCAGUUUUAUUUAUCAGAAAAUAAUGUUGCUGGGGCAACCGUAUUUUCUGUAAGCGCAACAGACAUUGAUGUGAACGAAAAUGCAGCCAUUUCCUAUUAUAUUGUGAGAGAAGGAAGUAAACACGAUGUGACGGCAUUUAUAAAUAUUAACUCAGAAAAUGGACAAAUAGCAGCGCUAAAGAGUUUCGACUUUGAAACGCUAAAAACUUUCCAGUUCCAAGUUGUCGCCACUGAUUCUGGGACUCCGUCACUCAGCAGCAACGUCACAGUGAACGUGUUCAUUCUGGAUCAGAACGACAACGCUCCAGUCAUCCUGUAUCCACUCAGCUCCAAUGGUUCUGCUGAAGGUGUGGAGGAGAUUCCACGCAACGUGAACGCAGGACACUUGGUGACUAAAGUCAGAGCCUAUGACGCUGAUAUAGGAUAUAAUGGCUGGUUGCUGUUUUCACUGCAGGAAGUUACUGACCACAGUCUGUUUGGUUUGGACCGAUACACUGGACAGAUCAGAACACUUCGCUCAUUCACAGAGACAGACGAGGCUGAACAUAAACUGGUCAUACUGGUCAAAGAUAAUGGCAACGUUUCACUAUCAGCAACAGCUACUGUGAUUGUGAAACUGGUGGAGCCAAAAGAGGCUUUUGCAGCUUCUGAUGUUAAAAGUGCAGCAAGUGACGAUGAGGGAAAUGAUGUGACUUUUUAUCUGAUGAUCACUUUGGGCGCAGUUUCAGUUUUAUUUAUUAUCAGUAUCAUUGUUCUGAUUGCGAUGCAGUGCUCCAAAUCCACAGACUAUACUUCUAAAUAUGUCCAAGAGACUAAUUAUGAUGGGACACUGUGUCACAGCAUCCAGUACAGAUCUGGAGACAAACGCUACAUGUUAGUUGGACCCAGAAUGAGUAUUGGAUCUACUAUAGUACCUGGAAGUCAUGCAAAUACACUUGUGCUACCUGACAGGAGAAGAACAUCUGAAGAGGUAGGAACAUCUCUAUUAAUGCAUAACAAUGAUCUGUUUUGA